AUGGGCCGCCUGCUGGCCGUGACCCUCGCCUACCUGGCCUACCUGCUGGCUGCCGCCAUCGGCUCCGAGCGCCAACACCACCGCGUGCAGCACGGCCGCUGCAGCUACACCUUCAUCCUUCCCGAGGUGGAGAACUGCCAUCCCUUAAAGGACUUCCAGGUCACCAACACCCUCCAGAGGGACUCCCCGCCCGAGGCCGAGCCUGAUUCAAGCCAAUCCAAGCAGGGUAAGGCCCCGAGGGAGAGGCCUUCCUGGCAGGAGAGGAAGCUGGAGAGUCUGGAGAGUGCAAUGGAGAAUAACACCCAGUGGCUACAGAAGCUGGAGAACUUCAUCCAGGAGAAUGUGCGCACUGGGAUGGAGGAAAUAAAGAGAACUGCGGUACACAACCAGACCGCUGCCAUGCUCGAGAUGGGAACCAACCUCCUCAGCCAAUCAGCGGAGCAGACCCGCAAACUGACAGACGUGGAGACCCAGGUGUUAAACCAGACAAGUCGCUUGGAGAUCCAGCUGCUCGAAUAUUCGCUCUUCACUAACCGGCUGGAGAAACAUAUUCUCCUGCAGACUCAGGAGAUCUCACACCUCAGUGAUAAAAACAGUUUUCUGGAACAGAGGCUCUUAGCACUGGAGGCUCGGUAUGGGAGGGAGCUACAGGGCUUGCAGAGCGAAAAGCAGCAGCUUCAAGAGCUUCUGGAGAGGCAGAGUCAACUGGUCAGUCAGCUCCAGGGUGAAUUGGGCAGCUCCACGAUCAACAGCACCUUACUUCAGAGACAGCAGGCCGUGCUCACGGACACUGUUCAACAGCUGCUGGCUAUCGUCACCCACUGCAAUGAAAUCUCUAAUAUGCCCAAGGAGGAGUCAAUUAGUUUCAGGGACUGUGCGGAGAUCCUGCAAUCUGGAGUGACCGAGAGUGGAAUCUAUAGCAUACGCCUGCCCAACUCCACCCAUUCUGUCGAGGUGUUCUGUGAUAUGAAGACUAGAGGUGGCGGGUGGACAGUGCUGCAGCAUCGGACAAACGGCUCCGUGAACUUCCAUCGUGGGUGGAGAGACUACAAAAUGGGCUUUGGGGAGCUCUCUGGGGAACACUGGCUGGGGAAUGAUAUCAUCCACAAGCUGACCAGCUCCCAGGAAUACAGUCUGCAUGUCCAGCUAAAAGACAGAGAGGGGAACGAAGUCUUCUCGCAUUACGAUCGCUUCUACAUAGACGGAGAGGACAACAACUACAGCCUUCAUGCCGAGGGCUUCAGUGGCACAGCUGGACGGACCAGCAGCCUCACCCACACUGGCACCCAAUUCAGCACCAAGGACAGAGACAACGACCACUGCACCUGCAAGUGUGCUCAGCUCGCAUCAGGAGGUUGGUGGUUUGAGGCUUGUGGCCCAUCCAACCUGAACGGCAUAUAUUACCCUGCCUCAUCCAGUGUGGUUCGCUACAAUGGCAUUAAAUGGUACUAUUGGAAGGGUCCAAAUCUGAUGGCUACUAUGACAACCAUGAUGGUGCGCCCAGCGAAAUUCUGAUGGCAUGGCUUGUUCAUGAUGUCAGAUUAUGAAGUGAAUGUCAUCUCCAAUGAAUAUAAUGAACAAUACCCAGGAAAUGGUAUAUUCUGGGAGAAAAUUCGAAUCAGAUGGUUGGUGCUUUCAGCUUCUGGACAUCUUGGAGUGGUGGUCUAGCAACUGCCUGGAGACAUACACAGACUCUUAGCAAAUGACUGUGGUUUUAGUGAAUUUGUGAGCGAGGAAUUCCACUGACAAGAUCUAUUGUGUUCAGCUGAGAGAGGAAGGUGUUAGGAGGGAGAUAUCACAAGAACACAACUGAUCAAAUCAGAUUAUAAAGUUAUAUAUGACAAGUUACUCAACCCAAAACUAUUAAUUAAAUUAAAAGAUUAAUAGAUGGAUUAACCUUUAGAAACAUUUAAUGGCAACACUUAUUUUGAUAUUAAAAUAUUAAAACUUGUGUUGUGUUUCUCCACUUGCUCUAAAGUAAUUUUCAGGCAACAUGUAUAAAUAGCAAGGAGGCACAGCCAGCCAUUUGUAUAGUUUACGCAAAGUCAACUAAUUAAAAAUUAUACUCUAUACUUUAAAAGUCUUUAUUUUGAACUAAAUGCUUUAUUAACUCUGUGAUAUGUGUAAUGACUAUGUUAAGCCAUAAUUCUCCUAUGCAGUGCCCUGAUUGUAACUUUAUUUCACUGAACUGUAAAGCAUCAGUGCAGUACUAACACUGUAGUUCAAUCCAUAUGCAAUAUAAUGUUAGAUAACCUACAGUGAUAUCAAUGGCUUACCAAUGUUAAUAAAACCAAAGCAUAAAGAAAAGCAACAACAACAGGCUUUGUCCUUUGCAGUAUCUUCCAAAGGGCUCUUCAGAAUGAAACAUCCCUGAUUCUUUCCAGUCACACCUCUCAUAAAACUUUAUUUGUGAGAGACUUUGCUCAUAAAAGUACAUCAUACACUUACACUGGUGUGAUUUACUUUCAAAAAUGAAACAUUUGUAAUAACAUCUGGGAGCAAAAGCUGUAAAUUAAUUUUUUACUUUGUUGAAACAAUAAAACGAUAUAUAGUAUUUGGUGCCUAUAACCCACAGUGCCAGGUCCUUGUUCCCAUGUAGGCUACAUAAACCUCAAGAAGCCUAACAUGCUGGACUCAGGAAGUCAGAUGAGAACUGCCUUGCACAUUGAUCUGAUGAAUCAUCAUAUAACACUGGCCCCAGUGGAGCCCAUUGGAAAGCGGAUGGGUUUCACCUCGACUAACAGUGGCCUGCAUCUGCCGGUGUACGCAGGGGACAGCAGCCGCUGCUAACUGGAAGACAAGACACAAGGGUGAUGGCUGGCCAUGUCUACGUCUGCUCAUUGAUGUGCUUCAUUCACUGAAGGACAGACAGACAGACAGAACACCUAAAGAUGUCAUCUUCUCUGCCUAAUGCACUUCCCAAGUGUGAUUGAUUUCUAAGUGCUGCAAAUGUAAUACAACUGCAGAAAUUAGACAUUAAGCAUAAUGAACUGUUAGCCAGGUCUCUUUGUUUUGACAUGUCUAGCUUAUUCAAGUCUGCAUCAGAGAUACUUAAAAAAAAAGAGAAAAAUAUUUGGUUUAUGAUUAUGGAAAAAUAUAUACUAAACCAAAAACAAAAUAAUUUUUACAAAUAAAUUGAUUUUCUGUGUCUUGGUUUCAUUGAAUAUAUGAAUGACUUACCCAGGCUCAACUGCUAUCGAUUUACUACUCUAUUA